ACAACCCAGGACAGCUGUAGCGCUGAAGCCUAACGGAGAAACAUCUCCCGGACCCUGGACUAUAGCAGGGACGUUCAACCGAGCAAAUAACGUCCACUGAAGAAAACCUCGCUGGUACCAGAUCGAAUUAUUGAAGAAUACUCAAUGCUUGGAUAACGCAAUAUUUUUUAUUGCGAAAAUUAUUUUGAAAUCAAUACAGUUUGUACCGUUUAUGCGAGAAAGUUUUGACAUUUUUGGGAUGUUCUUUUUUGGAAUAUCAUUGAUCGAAUUUGGCCCAUAUGUUUCGAUAUGGAUUUGAUUGUGCAAAUAAUAUUUCUGAUUACUUCUAAUCCUUUUUCGGUCAAAUCUCAAAUUAGUUUUGACUGAGUUUAUUGUGAAGGCUGUAAAAGUAGACCAGCUCUUAGGUUCAUAUCGCACUGCCUGCUCUACAGAUUUGAAAGGGGAGGAGAGAGACAGAGACAAAGAGAGUCAGACUGAGUGUGUGAGGGAGAGAGCACGACUGAGACAGCAAUGGCAGAUAAAGAGGGGACAGGCUGCCAGAUGAGUACCAAAGCCGUGGUUGGGGCCCCAGCAGCAGGUGGAGGAGUCGUGGUGGAGGUCAGGGAGAAGAAGGGAACUUUGCGCGCCGCUAUUCCCACGAUGCCCUUCCCUCUGGCAGUCAUCUGCCUGUUCCUCAACACCUUCAUACCUGGACUAGGCACCUUCCUCUCAGCCUUCGCGGUGCUGUGUGGCGCCCGCAGCGAGCUGGUGGCCCAGCGGGGGGUCUGCUGCGUGUUCCUGCUCAACGUGGCGGCGGCGCUCAUCCAGAUCCUCACCGCCGUCGUCAUGGUGGGCUGGAUCAUGAGCAUCUUCUGGGGCAUGGACAUGGUGAUCCUGGCCAUUUCUGAUGGCUGUAGGGACCAGGCUCUCGCUCAAGACGUCUGAGUCAAGCCGGUCUGUGGUUGUCAACUCAGACAGGGAAUCUUCCUCAAGCCCCUGCUUCUGGAAGUCAACUCUCACUUCAUUUAAGGAGAUUUCGAAUGACUCGAGGGGAAGGGAGAGUAAAAUGAAGCAAGAAAAAAAGGAGAGAGAAAUUAGAAGCAGUAUUAUAAAAUAAACACAGGGAUCCCAACCAUUCAAUUAUUAUUCACAAAACCAAAUCCACUAUAUUGUGUAGGCUGAUAAGGUUGAUGCUCUUUUGUUCAUUGUUAAAUUAAAUGUUAAAUGUUAUUUUAUCAGUAGGCUGCAGACUGAAAUGUGUAAAGCCAAUAUUUGACAAUCAGAUUCUCAAUCAAACAACCUAGCAUGGACAGCAGCGAAUUUAUAGAAACCUUGCAAUGGUCAUGGAUCGGCAAACAUGCAAGACAUGGCACCUUAUAAACAAAUGACUUGUUUAUAUUGUAAUUAAAUGGUUAUUUUAAUUAUAUCUGUCCACCUGCAAAAAGGACAACCGUGUUGUUCUAUGCAUGAUGUAAACCGUCAACAUUACCUCAUACUUUUAUAGCACACCAAUAUCUUCCAAAAUAUUUAUCUGUUUGGUAAAAGUUGAAUGAAAUGAUUGACGGAUAGACACAUAGUCACAUAGACAUAGGAAAUGUUAAUCACCAUCAUUGGUACCUUUUGUAUUAUAAACAAACCCCUACUUUUAUUUAGAAAGCUGCAGAAAUAACAAGACGUGGUUGCUAUUUUUUUAUGUUCUUGGUCUUUUGGACUGUCUGUAGCUAGCAUUGCACAAAACUAUAUGUUGGAAAACUGCAUCAGUCUACUGUUUGGGUACAGCUUCUGCUUUAUCGUGUCUUCUUGAGAACCUCACUUUAGAUCUCAGGGAUAACAGGGUUUUCCCAUGCCCACAUUCAAGUGAGAUGUAACACAUUUGAAGACAUUCCCUAACUUAAAGCACUCAAACUGUCAAAUACAGUGUGAAAGGGAAGAAAGCAUUAAUUACUUUAGUGGUAGUAGCAGGAGAAAUUAUUAUACAAUAAUAACAAUGGCGACCAUUGUCUCUUUUCUUGAAGUCAAGUCAUUUGUAUUUAAAUAGCCCUUAAUCACACUAACUGUCUCAAAGGGCUUCACCUGCCAUAUAUUUAUGAAAACCCCUAACCCUAGCAAACCUGCCCUUAAUUAACAAGAAAGACAUCUUGAGAAGGAACGCAGAGUGGGGGCCCCUCCUUCCAAGGACAAGUUUACAAACUUUAAACACAAUGCAUACAUACCCGGUACAAUAACUUGCGUGUAUUCGUGGGUUUGUGUUUGUUUUUGUGUAUAUGUGUGAGAUUGUAUGGUGUGGAAAUCAAGUUAGAGUAAGGCGUUACAAAUUGUAGCCCAUCAUUUGAUGUUGUGACCUAGUUGACAGAUGUUUAUCAUCUAUAAUAAAACUGAUAAACCAGAA